CGGCUGCACUCGAUGGUGCUCGGCUCGGCGCUGGCCGCUCUAGCCACUUCAGACUUUCACUCGGUGGCUCCUGGCCGGGUUUAGUCUAGGAUUCCUUGACGCGCACUGCACGUGUGCCAGAGCCUGGGCUCCUCCGGCCGUGCUAGCCACCGGCAUGUUCGAGGAGCCCGAAUGGGUCGAGGCGGCCCCGGCAGCCCUGGGACUCCGGCCCGCGACAACACAGGUUCAGCCGGCGAUUGCCCCGCCAGUCAAGGGCCGCAAGCGCCGCCAUCUCUUGGCCACAUUACGGGCCCUGGAAGCAGCGUCUCUCUCCCAGCAACCCCCAAGCCUUCCUGGCAGUGACUCUGAGGAGGAGGAGAUAGGAAGGAAGAACAGAUACCUCCAAAGGCCCUCACUUGCCAAUACCUCAAAGGAAGUAGGGGAGAAAAGAAAAAGGAAAUGUCAAAAACAGGAACCAUCUAUCACUGGCUCUGAGGAAGUAGAAAGGAAGUGCAAACAAGCUCCUCCUGGUGGGAUCUCUGAUGAAGAGGAAAAAGGAAAAGGGAAAUGCCGUAAAUAUCCUCAUUUACACCCAACACAGCACCUGGACGGUGUUGGCCAAACAGGUACCAGUAUAUAUGUAUGUGUAUGGGGGAUUACCACUACAAUUGACCCGCCCAAGCCAAGCCCUGAGUCCACAUCACCUGACCCCUCACACACCCUGAGCCGCAAACAGUGGCGGAACCGGCAGAAGAAUAAGCGGAGACACAAGAACAAAUUUCGGCCCCUUCAGACCCCAGACCAAGUUCCUCCCAAGCCUUCCACGGAGGAGACUGAGGUACCUCCCGCCCCACAACCAGACAGCCAAGAGACAAGAGCUGGAGCCCUGCGAGCACGCAUGGCACAACGGCUGGACGGGGCCCGCUUCAGGUACCUUAACGAACAGCUGUACUCAGGGCCCAGCAGCGCCGCCCAGCGCCUCUUCCAAGAAGACCCCGAGGCAUUUCUCCUCUACCACCGCGGCUUUCAGAGACAAGUGAAGAAGUGGCCCUUGCACCCAGUCGACCGGAUCGCCAAAGAUCUCCGCCAGAAGCCUGCAUCCUUGGUGGUAGCUGACUUUGGCUGUGGAGACUGCCGCCUAGCCUCAAGUAUCCGGAACCCUGUGCACUGUUUUGACUUGGCCUCUCUGGACCCCAGGGUCACGGUGUGUGACAUGGCCCAGGUGCCCCUGGGGGAUGAGUCUGUGGAUGUGGCUGUGUUCUGCCUUUCACUAAUGGGGACUAACAUCAGGGACUUCCUCGAGGAGGCAAAUCGAGUGCUGAAGCCAGGGGGUCUUCUCAAAGUAGCUGAAGUCAGCAGCCGCUUUGAGGAUAUUCGGAGCUUUUUGGGGGCUGUGACGAAACUCGGCUUUAAGGUCAUCUAUAAGGACCUGACCAACAGUCACUUCUUCUUGUUUGACUUUGAAAAGACUGGCCCUCCUCGAGUAGGGCCCAAAGCCCAACUGUCAGGCCUGAAGCUUCAGCCGUGUCUCUACAAGCGCAGGUGACCAGUGGACCCCUGCUGGGAAGGGAGCGCUCAGACUCCAAACUCUGAGGAUGCAUCUACCCGGGCUAUGAGCCAGGACCUGGUACCACCCUCCUUUUCUACCAACAACACUGUGGUGACGCCUCCA